AUGCAAACAAUGUCUGAUAAGAAAAAUUUAAUCACAAAUUUAAAACUAAUAACCAACAGUGGUUCAUUCUUCACUUUACCAAAAGAAUCCGUUAAUGAAUUUUUAUCUGGUGCUGUUGGAGGAUUAGCUGGUUUAACAGUUGGUCAUCCAAUGGAUACUGUAAAAGUAUUAAUGCAAAAUUCUUCAGGAAAUCCAACUUUUCGAGAAAUCGCCUGUCUGAUUAAUCAAACUGGCCUAAAUCGAUUUUUCACUGGCCUUACAAUACCAUUUUAUUCAUACGGAUUUAUUAAUGCCGUGAUUUUCACUGUGUAUAAAAAGUCCUUGAAUGUAUUCGAUUCACGAAUUCAGUCCCCAUUGGCUAAUGCAAUGGCUGGUGCUGUCUCCGGUGCUGUACAAUUAAUACCUGCUGUUCCAGUUGAAGUUAUUAAAAUACAACAACAAUGUCAUUUAGGUGGUACACAAUUAACAACCCGUGAAUGUAUUCGUACUAUCCUACGUGUUAAAGGCAUUCAUGGAUUGUAUUCAGGAACAAUCAUUCAAGCAUUUCGUGAUAUACCAGGCUUUGCUACAUAUUUUUAUACUUAUUCUGAAUCAAUUAAAGUGGGCAAAUCUAUUGGAUUGUCUACAUUUUGGUCUGCUUUUAUUGGUGGUGCUAUCGGGGGAACAUUAUCAUGGUGUGUUUCAAUGCCAUUUGAUGUCAUAAAAACACGACAACAAGUUGGUCAUGGUAUCACAGCUUCAAGUGUUAUUACAAAAUUAUUAAAUGAAAAAAGUUAUAAAAUAUUUUUUCGUGGAUUUCAUGUUGUCCUCGUCAGAGCCUUGUUAGUCAAUGCGUGUACAUUUGCAGUUUAUGAAACAGUUUACGAUUAUCUUACAAAAGAUUAA